UCCAGAACCCUUCAGUCAGAACCAUAGGAUCUUGUUGGUUUCUUGGGGACUUCUGGUCUCCUGGAGCUGUUGGCCGCCUGGACAGGCCCUCAGGAGUUCAUCGGAUGGAGGAUCUGGGGAGGGAGAAAACUGCAGCCCUGAGAGCAACCUCUGGGUAGAAGCUGCCAUUCCGCUCUCCACUCUGCUGUCGAGACAAGCACAUCCCCCCAUCCAGGACAGGCUCCAUGGAGAGUUCAGAUGUGGAGCUGGACUUCCAGAGGAGCGUGCAGGCCGUGCUGCGAGAGCUCAACACCCCGAACCCAGCCCUCCAGAGUACUCAGGGCAUGUGGAGAUGGUCUCUGCACAAGAAGGUGGAGAGAAAUCCAGGAAAGAGCUCGGUGCUGGUCCGAAUUCUGCUCAGAGAGCUGGAGAAGGCGGAAAGCGAGGACACCAGGCAUGUCAUCAUCCCCCUGCUGCUCACUCUAAUGUACGUGCUCACUAAGGCCACAGGCAUCACGGAAGACCUCUACCACAGAGCUUAUACCUUCUGCACCAGGCUCCUGACCCUGCCUGCCCCCUACUCCACAGUGGCCUUAGACUGUGCCAUAACGCUGAAAAUAGAGACGGCCGUCCCAGGUACACUGUACCAGAGGACCGUCCUCGCCGAGCAGAACCUGACAAGUGAACUGUACCCUUACCAGGACAGAGUGUUCCUGUUUGUGGACCCUGAGCUGGUCUCUGCCUCCGUGUGCAGCGCCCUGCUGCUGGAGAUCGAGGCAGCCCAGGAGCAGCACAGCCCCGAGGCCUGCAUGCGCCACGUGGUCUCCCACGCCCUGAAGGCAGCUCUGGGGGAAGCCUGCCACACAGGCGCUCUCACCAGGAAGCUGCAGGCCAGCUCCCGCCGCGCCCUGGAGCACUAUUUCCACGCCGUCGUGGCUGCCGUAGAGCAGGUGGCUAGCGAGGACAGCCCCAGCCGGCUGGCACACCUGGAGAGGCUGGAGGAGAUUUACUGCUCGCUGCUCGGGUCGGCGGCCACCAGACGGCGCUGCGUCGGAGACCUUCUCCAAGACCGACUGCCGGGCAUCCCCCUGCCCAGCCCCUCCAUCACCUUCCACCUGUGGAGCGACCCUGAGCAGCUCUGGAAGGAACUGGUGCUCUUCCUGCGCCCACACUCCCAGCUGCGCCUCAGUUCUGACCUGGAGGCCUUGGAUCUACAAGGCCUGGGGCUGGACUGGGACCUGGCCAGGGUGUCCACCGACAGCGGUAUUGAGCGGGACCUCCCCUUCGGGAGUGACGAGCUGCCGGCCCCCAGCAGCCCUGAGAUGGAGCCGGCUGCACUGCAGCGCAAGGGGGGCGUCAGGAAGCGCGUGUGGCCCCCCGACUUCUCCGUGCCUGGCAGCUGGGACGGGCCCCCGGGGCUGCAUCGGAGGACCGGCCGGCCCAGCGGGGACGGGGAGCUGCUGCCUGGGGUCUCCAGGGUGCAUACAGCGCGCGUGCUGGUGCUGGGGGAUGACAGGGUGCUGGGGCGCUUGGCCCAGGCUUACUACAGACUCAGGAAACGGGAGAGCAAGAACUUCUGCCUCGCUCCUAGGCUCAGCCUGCAGCUCUACUACAUACCCGUGCUGCCGCCUCAGGAUCCAGAAGCAUCCAGGAAGGCAGAGCUGGGAGAGAUGGCUUCCUUCCUGGGUCGGGCAGACCCGUGGUACGAAAGCACCAUCAACACGCUGUGCCCCGCCAUCCUCAAGCUGGCUGAGAUGCCUCCCUGCCUGGACACAUCCCGGACUGUGGACCCCUUUAUCCUGGAUGUCAUCACGUACUACGUCCGCAUGGGCAACCAACCCAUCUACUUCCAGCUCUACAAGGUGAAGAUCUUCACCAACCUGAGUCAUGACCCUACAGAGGAUGUUUUUCUCACCGAGCUGAAGGUGAAGAUCCAAGACUCCAAGUCCCCCAAAGAGGGUUCUUCACCCCGAAGGAGAGGGGCAGCCGAGGGCCUCGGAGCUGAGCUAUCUUUAUGCUACCAGAAGGCCCUGCUCAGCCACAGGCCCCGAGAGGUCACUGUUUCUCUGCGGACCACCGGGUUGGUGCUGAAGGCCAUUCCAGCUGGUGACACUGAAGGGUUCUCCCAGUGCACCGUGCCCAACGCCUCCUCUGCUCCGGGCUGCUCGCGCCUGCGCGUCAGCGUGACGGAGGUCGUCAAGUCCUCCAAUCUAGCAGGAAGGUCGCUCACGACAGCAACAAACACCUUCUGGACAUCCAGUAUCCAAGUCCAGAGCCAAGACCAGAGGCUGCUCACGCUGUGGCUGGACAAGGAUGGCGGGCGCACUUUCAGAGAUGUGGUCAGAUUUGAGGCUGGUCCCUGCCCAGAGCCAUGUUCACGGGCCCAGAAAUCCAAAAUGGCGGGCCUCAAUUCACAAGGGCAGGAGACAGAAAAGAACAUGGUCAAGCCCAGUUCUCUCCUGAUGCCCAUCAACACGUUCUCUGGCAUCAUCCAGUGAGCCUGCCGGGACGGUGGAAGGUCUGGAUCCAAAUUCAAGAACAAGGACACACUGCCUGCCCAACACAGCACGCACACUGACAACCUGCUGGGCAGCUGUGCCUGGACCAGGAGCCAGAGAAUGCCCGGGAACUGAGAGAGCCUGGGCUGGGAGGACAGACCCAUCCCACGGAUGCCGGAUUGCCGGAUUGCCGGACAGCGCUGGGCUGGACACAUGCACACACAAGCCAGCCCCUUCCGGAAACAUCAUUCCUGUGGCAAUGCUCAUCUCGUUCCUCAUGCUGGCUCAAGCUCCCGGGGGAGUCAGAAAGCUGGUGUCAAAUAGCCGCAGCUGUGGCUGGGGGUCGGUGGUAGAGCCCUCGCCUGGUCUAUGGGAGGCCUUGGGUUUGACCCUGGUGCCAUAAAAAGGGGUGAAAGCUGAUGAGUACAACAUUUGUACGGAGUCCUGUGGCUGAGGAAGAAGCAGGAAGUGUGUAAGGAGCGCUGUACUGCUUCCUGCUGAGUCCAUAUGGUCUCCAGGCCAUGAUUCACCCGUGUCACAGCAGAGAAGACAGUGAUAGUAUCAA